AUGUAUGUCCUAUUCCAAGAUGAUUCUCGGCGUAUUGCCUCAGAGUAUGAAGGGGGGUCGAGCAGAUAUGAAGAUACUACGCAUAGCCAACAUGUCAACUACAACACGACAAUCCAGGCGCAGCUCCCAAGCCCAGACUCAGCACCACCCGACCAUGUUCUUCAAGGGCAUAUAUGGCACGUUUAUAUAUCGCCAGAAGGCUCAAACACAACGAGGAGCAUAUAUAGCGACAGUUUGAUACUGCAAGCAACUGAAUGGCGUAAAGAUGGGGAGGUCGAAUCAGGGCCCAUGGGCUUGUCUGAAGUUGAAGAUCGAUCGAAUGUUAGCGAACCCAUUGAGGACGACAGCGUUACUUGUCCAACUACUACGCUUGCCACUUCAGAGCGCGAAUUCCUCGACAUGCCCGAACAUGUGCGAUAUAUGCAAAUCUAUGUAGAAGAGGUCGCAACAUGGAUGGACUCGUUCAACAAGGAAAAAUACUUUGGCGAAUUCCUACCAUACAGAGCGCUCGACUCUCCGUUACUGCUCUAUUCUCUCUUAGCCUGCGGGAUUCGACGCCUGUCCCAGCGCCAUCCCGACAUGAGCGAUACAGCUGCAGCAUAUUACAGUACGGCGAAUAUGCAGCUGUUUCGCUAUCACGAGAACCCAGAGCGUGACAUUGAAGAGUGUUCAACCGUAGCAGUCAUUCUCAAGCUUUACAAUCUCAUAUUCAGAGAAGGCCCGCAGAGUGGCGGCCAUAGUCCUGCCGUGCUCAACUCCAUCAUCAGCGAGAGCCAAUGGAGUGCAGAGAGCGACGGCAUUGGGUCAGCCUGUUUCUGGCUAAACGCCUAUCUGGAUAUUGUCGGCAGCUUGGAAGCAGGAUACUGCUUGUAUGUUGACUCUUGGAGCGUCGAUAUGGCCAUGCCCAGCGACGGCAGCGAGUUCAUGACCCACGGGGACGAAGAGCUGUGGGUGCAACGGAUGCUCUUUAUACUCGGCAGGGUGAUAAGCUAUAGGCUAUGCGUGCUAUCGUUUACGGAUGUAGAUUUGCGGGAGAAUAGGACGCUGGAGAAUCUUCUUCCGGAAUGGAGGCGAUUGAAGCAGCUUUGCGAUCAAUGGAACGAUGCUUGCCCGAGGAACAUGCGUCCGUUGGGAUACAUGUACCCCGAUCAGACGGAGCACAAUUCUACUUUUCCGAAAACAUGGCUUCCUAAACGAGAGGCUGUUUUCUGUCGCCUUUUAUACCAUACUGCACAGUCUAUACUUACGCAGACACAUCCCAUGGAGCAGACCAUGCUUUCGGAGGAAAUGAUUGCGCUUCAGCUGCACCAUGCUCGUGAGGCGCUUUUGGUUGCCUUGGGUGCCCUGGUGGAAGACGAAGAACGCAUGGAAGUCCUGAACAUUCUACAGAGGAUGAAGGCUCAAAUCGAAUAUCCACAGUGA